AUGAUGUAAGAAAACAUCAAUGUGCUAAGGAGUUCUCUGUAUUCAUGGACUGUAUUAAAGCCAGUGCUAAGAAAAUGAAAACGAAGCUUUAACCGUGAACGUUUAGUAGUCGUCAAACUAGCGAAAUAAACUGAUAAAGAAUUUGAAUGAUUCUCUCAAGAAGAAAAUACGCAAUUUGUGUUCACUGUAAAAUUUGUACACGAAGCCUCCAGAUGGAAAAACCAAGAAAAUUUUAUUAGUUUUGUAGUCUGAUUUUUUCAGGUUACUUUUACAAGUCUGAUUUUUACAAAUGUAUUGUUUGUUUCAGAUAUGUUUGGAUCGUUUAGAAAUGUUGCCAAGACCGGACUAAGUUCAGUGUUGACACGAAGUAUACACUCGGUGCCGAAAAAACGAUUUUACAAAAACGUUUCCGUAGUUCAAAAUAACUCCAAGUUUGAAAUUAAUUUAGAUCAUAGAAAACUCAAAACUCCACUUGGCGGCCCUUUCCAGGUGAAGAGUGAACCGCUAGCCCAUGCUAUAGCAAACGAAUGGCUAUCACAGAAGGAUACAAUUCAAUUAAGUCAGAUGCACCUGACCGGCCUUUGCAACACGUGUAUUGAUAACCCUGGUAGAACAAAGAAGGAAGUUCUUGUCGAAUCUAUAUUAGGUUUUUUGGGAACAGAUACUGUUCUAUUCUACUCCGACGAACCUCCUCCUCUACUUAAACUACAAAAAGAACAAUGGUCUCCUAUUAUCGUUUGGUUUAAUAAUAGGUAUGGAGUAGAGGUAGCACCUACCCUGGAUAUUACUCCUCCACAGUUAUCAGACAAGGAUCGUAAGAUACUGGAGAAACACCUUCUGUCCUACAGCUGGAGUGCUAUACAGGGAAUCUCUUUUGGUGUUGAUGCUAUCAAAUCCUUGAUUUUGACUCUUGCUGUUUUGGACAGAAGGGUGACCGUUACUCAAGCUGUUACUCUUUCCCGUUUAGGUGAGAUUUAUAAAAACAAUGACUAUUAUGGAAUUUUUUCUUGUGGACACCUAAAUGGCCUCAGGGAAGGUUUAAGCCGAAGGGCGUUAAGAAGUGUCCGGGCGUGAGAUGAUGCCCGGGUA